CGCAUACGACGAUCUUUCGAACGACGCUUGGACCCUGCGCUAUUUCCUCUUCUGGAAGUAUGUUUGGGCUAAUUGGUUGGAAUGUUAACCAUGAAUAUAAUUAUGACAUCAUUAACCAUCAUCUUUGCCAAUCCCCUCUUAUAGCUCUCGUUUGCCUACCUACGUUAUUAUAUCUUCUACCGCUUUUCUAUUCAUACUUUACUCCUAAAUCUACAAUCAUCUAUAUUUGCAACACUACUUAAACCAUCCCAAAGUUAAAAUCGUUCAAUCCGAACACAAAUAAGCUACCCGCACAAGCAUCAAACUAGCCGUUGUCAUCAUGUCGUUCCUCGAAGUCACCGCUCGCCGUCUGGCCACCACCUCCAGAAUUGCCGUGGUCCCCGCCCCGCGACACUUUAGCACAAGCAUCGCAGCACAAAAGUCAGUUACGGAAACUGCCAAAGACACAUUAAAAACAGUAGAUCGUAAGGUCUCGGACAAACUAGUUGACGGUAUCAAUGCGGGGGCCAACCUGGCAUCGAAAAUAAAAGGCGAAGCAGACACAGGCAAGGUAAAAGGUACAGCGGAGGAGAUCCGUAGCCAAUUGAAGGGCGAAGCCGAAGAGUUAAAAGGCAAAGCGAAGGGUGCAGCUAAAGAGGCUGAGGGUAAGGUGAAGGGAAAUUUGUAAGAAUUUAAAUGGAUUGGAGGAAACCCUUAAUGCUGCACUUGUACACUGUAUGAUGUAUGAUGUGUGUUUGUAUGAUAAUGAGACUAUCUGAAUUCGUCUUGAAUAGUACGAAAUGCGAAGAUAUCAUCAAGCGUAGCUUAAUUCAAUUUAACAGUAC